GCAGUUUUGAAUCUGGUUGUAAGAACAGCACUGGAUAUUCCUUUGGUUCAAUAAUCUUCAUAAUUUUAUUAUUUGUUCAGUGCUAUCUUUUCAUACUUACAAGUGAUACUGAAAUAAACUGUUACAAAAAGGAAACAAAUUAGUUUCAGUAGGCUAAAUUUACUUUUGAUGGAUUUGAUUUUCCAGUAGCUGGAGUGGUGUAAGUCAAGUCCUAGUGAGCAGUAGUUAGGGAUUUUUGUUUGUGCCUCCGAAGAAAUAUUGGAAAAUUUAACAAAUAUGUCUCAAGUUUGCAAUUUGCUGAAUUUUUUCUCAUGUAUGCGGGGGUCUCCCAAAACAAAACUACACCAUCAGAUUCAUCCAGGGAGACCUGGACAUUUUGACGCUGUUAUUGUUUGGAAAGGGAAAGAAAUCAUGAAGUCAAAUGCUGGUAGUGUUGCAUAUGAGGUAAUCCUUAAGCCUGCCUCUGGAGAUGUUCCCCGACCGUCAUCACCGCCGAAAGACAAGGGCAUCACACAUGACGAUAUAGUUCGUAAACUACAAGAAGCUGAGGAAAGAAGACUGUCAAUGGAAGCAGAGAAGUUGGCCCCUCUACAGAAGCAGAAAGAACGCGCACAGGAAGCUCUUGAAAAGGCCAAACAAGAAGAGGAGAGUUUUGCACGAGCUACCCAGGAGAAACUUCGUAGAUCAAUGGAAGUUAAUAAGGAGAACAGAGAUGCUCAGAUUCAGGCUCUUCAGACAAGACUUCGUGAUCAUCUGUUGAAAGUUGAAGAGACGUGUAGAAAGAGUGAUGAGAUGGCCAAGGAGCUUGAGGAACGAAUCAAAAACAAACUGGAACAGAAGGCAGAAAACAGAAACUCGCAGAUUGAAAGCAUGGUGCAAAGAUUGAGGGAACAUGAGAAACAUGUGGAGGAGGUGAUCAAAGCUAAUGAGAAUAUGAUGAAGAGCAAGUUCUCAGAGGAGAAAGUGUUGGAAAAGGUUCAGAAGGCAAUUCAAAACAGAGAGAAAUACCUCACCGAGCAGCGUAACAGACUCCGUGAACAUGAGAAGAAAAUUGAAGAAGUAAGAAAAAACAAGUCUGCACUGAAAACAGAUGAUGGUGAUGACAUCAGCCCAGACCAGUAAAUGUUACUUGGAGCAAAGAGACUUGUACAUAGAAGUGAAAGUGAGGGACCAAUAAAAACAUCAACUUACACAGAUUCAAAUAUCGGCUCAUUGUGCUAAUGCAACACACACAAAAGUUUUUCUAUAUGUGUCAUCCCUUAAUGUUGCCAUUUUGUUCUUUAAUGUUUCAGUGUUUGGAUUUUAACGUGUGAUGUGAAAGUGAGUUUUUCUUGGCGGACGCAAGGUGGACUUGGAAGUUGACAUGGCUAAUACAAUUUCUCACUGUCGUGUCUUGUUGUUUUUUUUCAAUUCUAGAAAGAAAUGUACCCGUUAAAGAUGUUAUAAACAAUUCACAAACACUUGCAAAAAUAUGAAAUCCUAAAGUUAAGAUAAGGAGUAGAAGAUAGGGAGAAAAAACCAUUCCGCAGAUGAUUUUGAUAACGUCUUUUCAUGAGCUGUAUUAAUAUUUUUUGUAUAAUUUUGUAACAUAUAUUAUAGAAGAAAAACAUUUGUUGAAAAUUUUGAAGUCAAUUUUCUCCAUUUUUGAUUUUUUUUUCCAUAAGAAAUUUUAAGUAUAAAAUCAUAUUCAUUUUAUUAAAAAGUAGAAAUAUUGGCAUGAGACUUGUUAAAUUUCUCUUUUUUUUCUGCAUUGAGUAUUUGAUAGCUGUAUAAAGAUAUAAUAAUCAAAUGUUGUUGAAACCUCCUCAUAACUAUUCUUGCUGAGUGCGCUUUUGUCAGGUUUGUUUUGCACGGUGUUGGUUCUACGCAUAUCUAUUUGAAUUAUUUCACAAAUGUUGAUAAUUGGUGUUUGAAUAUUACAUAAAUAUAGGUUUUUGGUACUUAUUAAGACAUUUUGUUUAUUUCUGUGAAUCGUUAUUAUUAAAUGGCUGUCAAUUUGAUGUAUAGAUUUUUAUGUUACAAUGUUAUUUAGAAUGUUUUGAAUCUUUAAAAAAAAAAUAUCAAACUAUGACUAUUCUACAUUGGCAAUGGAUUAGUUAUAAAUUUUCAUUAACUUUCUAAAUGUUUUUGACUUCCAUCAAAACUUAAGAAACAUAAAGAUAAUUGUACUAGACUCAGUCAUCGUGUUGUUAUGCCGGUUUCUUUGUUUAUCACAGACAAUCAUACAUAACUUUGGGGAUAAUCCACUUUCUUUUUCAUAAACUUUUCGUAAAGAAAAUUGGAGAAGACCAAUGGUUCCUGUAAUAAUUGUCUGCCUGAAAGCUCUUAUAUGAAUCUCGUUCUUUUAUUUGUUAUUUUUUACCACCAGUGUCAACUACUUCACUUUAAGUGCUAUUUCAGUAUUCGUUUAUCACCCCCUUGUUUCUUGUUAUUGAAACUAUGUAAUAAAAAAAAAAGCCUGUUACUUUUAGAGUAGAUUUGUAAAUUUUUACAUUAACCCAGUGCUGUAUAAUUGCCUUAUUAUUAUUACUAUAUACUUUGUAUGGUUAGUGAUUUCCUAGGUAUUGUACAAUUGUAGUUUCUUUUUAUCUGAGAAGGCUGAGAUGAACAUCUUAUUGUCUUGUAUAUAAAAAUCAUUCAUGGGGGAAAAUAAAGUUGCCAAAACAUGUGUAUUGAUGUAAAUGCAUGACCCGAGUAAAAAGAACAUUUUAUAUAUGAAAUGUUAGGAUGACAAGAUUGACAAAAACCUUUUAAAAGCAAAAAGAAAUACACUACUUUUUCAAAGUAAUUUAGAUAUACAUAAAUGUGUUCAUUUCAGCCGUCAUGUUUAAAAGUUAGUGUUAGAACAAUUUAACAUGGUUUUAAAAGUAGUCUUACAGAUAUACGAAUUGUGAGACGUGUCUUUAGUUUGAAUGCAAUGUUUUCAAUGCAAGCAUCUGUGCAGUUAGCUUCCUUCGUGUUCAGUAUAUGACUUCUGUCUCGAACAAUCUCAGUAUUUUCUUCGCUUUAUAACCAGGCCUAAAAAUAGACACUACUCCAGUAUAAACUGAUUUUUAUGUUCAUUGUUAUGAAAGUAUCAAAAUCAGAAUAAAGAAUGAAUGUUAAAAUUUUUAUUUUGUCUUUUGAUCAAAUUGCAGUGAUAAUAAUUCUUUGGUAACUUUUCUGUCAAAUUAAAAUUAAUUUUUUGUAAACACUGCUUGAUAAUAUAAAAUAUUGUAAAUAUUGUCUUCAUUAUUACAAAUUUAAAUACAUUUCAAAUAUAAAAGUUUAGGAAGAAUUAAGAAUAUUCUCAUGCCUUCAAGGGAAGGAAAUAAACUAUUUUAGUAUUUAAAUAUUGUCAGUUUUGCAUGAAAAAUUACUUCUGUAUAUAUGAUUUCUACUAAUAUCAUUUAGAAAUUGUGGAGUCUGUUUUUAGGCCUUUGAUCAUCAUGCUUUCAGCAGCAUGUUUAAAGGCUGCCACAUAAUUGGCAUUCAUUUAUUUAUUUUGUUCACAUUUUCAGAUCAUUCAAUUUUGUAUUUGUGUUAGCUAUUUUCAUAAAAUAAGUCAUUUCUGAUCUCUCAUCGCUAGCAAUUGUUCAAGAUUAUAUUCAGCAGUUAUUAGUGUUGUUAAUUUGUUUAUUAAUAAUCAAUUACUGUAUAACAGUCAGCUAUUUCAUUACCGGUACUCUCCCUUUAUAUGUAUAGCUGUUAUUUACAACAAAAUGGUGAAGUUAAACAGAAAAUAUAUAAAUGAUUAUCAAAACAUUCGAGAUUUAAACUUGUAAUGCUGAAAAUUUAUAAUGAUGAUGGUGUUAAUUAUUUUGAAAAUAUCAAACCACAAUAUUUUGAUGUUUUUGUAAAGGCACGUUUCAGGUGAAUGCGUUUUGUCUAAAAAUGUAGGCCUAAAGUUAGAUUUAUUUUGAAAGGUGACUAACUAGAACUACAACAGAUUUUUAUUCAUAUGUAUCUGUAUACAGCAUGCUGAAUAGCUUUUCAUUGUUGGUAUUUUUUUGUCCUCGGUAUAGAAUUAUCUUCAUAUGCUAACAAUAAACCAUGUUCAUGAA